AUGUUACGACAACCUUUACUUCGUUUUUUCAAUCAAAGAAAUCUUUUCUCAUUAUUUUAUCGCACUGUUUAUCGUUCAGUACUUGAUAAUCCUAAUAAAAUUGCUGUGAUUGAUUCUAAUGGUCAAUAUUCAUAUUCACAUCUUCUUUCAGCUAGUGUUCAAUUACGUGAUAAACUUCUUUCUGUAACUGAUGAUAAACAGAAAUCUGCUCAUAAACGUAUUGCUUUUCUUUGCAAUCCAGAUGCAUCAUUUGUUGUUGCUCAAUGGACAUGUUGGCUUUCACGUGCAAUGUGUAUUCCACUUUGUAAAGAUCAUCCACAAUCAUUACUUGAUUAUUAUAUUGAUGAUGCUAAAUGUUCACAUUUAAUUGUAUCACCUGAAUAUGAAAAAUUACUUCGACCACUUGCUGAUAAAUUUAAAAUACCAUUAAUUAUAAUUACACAUAAUGAUAUUGAAUUAGGUAAAACAAAACAAAAUAUUCAAUUAUCUAAUCAACAACAAUUCGAUAUUUUUUCUAAAAAUUCCGAUGAUGCUCUUAUUUUAUAUACAUCUGGAACAACUGGCAAACCAAAAGGUGUUGUUCAUACAAUCGCUACAUUACGUGCACACAUGGAUGCAAUGCUUUCAGCUUGGCGUUUGACAAAAAAUGAUACAAUAUUAAAUGUUCUUCCACUUCAUCAUGUUCAUGGAAUGAUAAAUUGUGUUAUGUCACCACUCUAUGCUGGUGGAACGGUAGUCAUGAUGAAUAAAUUUGAUGCUGAAGAAACAUGGGAUCAUCUACUUAAUGAUCGUAAUCCAUCAAUUAAUGUUUUUUCAGCUGUACCAACAAUUUAUAUAAAAUUAAUUGAACAUAUCAAAAAUUCAUCAAUAAAAGAUGUGAAAAGAUUAUGUUCAGAUCAUAUGCGACUUUUUCUUUCGGGUUCAUCAGCUUUACCAGAACCGACAUUUCAAAAAUGGCAUGAAUUAACAGGCUUUGAAAUUGUUGAACAAUUCGGUUCAUCAGAAACAGGACGUGUUCUAUCAAAUAAACUUGAAGGAAAGAAAUUAGCUGGUCGAGUUGGUCUUCCAAUGCCUGAUUUAACACUACGUUUAGUACAAAAAGAUGAAAAUAAUAAUGAUCAAAUUGUUGCAGAAGGUACUUAUGAUAAAGUGAACAUUUUUCAAAAAGAACAUGAUGGAAAAGUGGAAGGUGAAGUAUAUGUUAAAGGUCCUGCAAUAUUCAAAUAUUAUUUCAAUAAAGAAGAAGCUACGCGAAAAGCAUUUGAUUCUCAAGGAUACUUUAUGAUGGGAGAUAUGGCUGAAUAUGACAAAAAGAAUAAUACCUUUCGUAUACUUGGUCGAUCAUCUGUUGAUAUUAUUAAAUCUGGUGGUUAUAAAAUAUCAGCAUUAGACAUUGAAACAGUUAUUCUUCAUCAUCCAUUUGUCAGUGAAUGUGUAGUUAUUGGUGUGAAAGAUUCAGAAUGGGGAGAACGUGUUACAGCUGUUGUUGUACUUCAGUCAGGCAAAAAAGAAAAAGAUUUAACACUUGAACAAUUACGAGAUUAUUGUAAAAAGAAAUUGCCUGGUUAUCAGUGUCCAACACAAUUAAAAAUUGUUGAUAAACUUGAACGAAAUGCUGUUGGAAAAGUAAAUAAAAAAGAAUUAAAUGCAAAACUUUUUCCACCAUCAUCUAACAACAAAAAGUAA